UAUCCUAAACUAAAUUACGCAAAGGACUUAAAAUAGCCCUGGUUUUGUGUUUGCUCCAUUAGGAGGCCUGACCCCUUUCUGUUCUCUUUCAUGAAUUUUUUAUGUAACUGAAUUGAUUGCAAAGGUAUAAAAGUAAGAACUCAGCUUAGAGUUCUCACACACAAGGCUUAUCAGUAUUACCAGACUAAAUCCAGACCUGGUGAUCAUCGAGCAUCAUGAUCAACGAGCGGCUCCUGCUUCUCACCCUUACCUGCUAUGUGUUUGUCUGGAUCGGAAACUGUGAAGAUUUUGUAGAGAUCCGUUCUGUUGAAGAUGACAUCAAGGCCCAGGAGGAAAAAGAGCUGAUCGAAGCUCUUCAAGAGGUCCUUGAAAAACUAAGGAAUAAACAAAGUCCAUCAGCUGAGAAAAGGUUAGGCUGGGUUCCUUCGUGUGAUGCAGGUGAGCAGUGUGCCAUUCGUAAAGGUGCCCGUUUUGGAAAGGUCUGUACCUGUCCUGGUGGAACCUCGUGCAGCUUCUCCAUCCUGAAGUGUUUGUGAGACGAUGUGACUUUUCACCUUCACUCCGACUGUAAAUAAAGGCAUAACGAAAUAAAAUGCAUUUUUUUAAAUAUUACAUUUAAAAUGGUGUUUUUAUGGCAUGUCAAGAGACCUUUCCGAAUGAGUCGACGUAUUGUAUAUCAUUUAUUUAUUUGGCAGACUUUUUUUUAUUUGUGAAGCAGAAAUUAAUUCAGUCACAUAGUGUAGAUGUAAAGGUAAAGGUAAAGGGACUUGUUUUAGUUCUGAGAUUUACACUGACCACCAGUCAGACUGGUCACUUCUGUGCAAAUGACCAUGGGCACCUGGGAAGCCUGCAAACGUUCCAAAGCAUAUUGGUGACAAGGUGGUGUGAUGAAGCUGGGUUACUGUUACAACCCCAAAAGGUUUGAUUAUUUUCCUUUAACAGCAAAAUGUUUUUUCCAAAGCAAUUUGUCAAUAAGUUUUGAAUUAAUCUGCAAGCACUUAAACCUUAGAAGACAAGUGACAAAUA